AUGCGCCCCUCAAUUUACAUUGCGCGUAGUCUGAGCCUUGCCACCGUGUUGAUGGCACUGGGAGUUUCUGCUUCUCUGGAUGAUCCUGAGAUAGUCAUUGAAACCACUUUCCCCGAGAGCAACCCAUUUGGCCACGUGGUGAACGGAGAGCGGAACCAGAUUUUGCUUCUGGUUGAGAACAAGUCUGACAAGAAUGUGACCUUACAGUCGGUUGCGGGGUCGUUCCAUCAUUCUGAGACUGGAACUCUCAUAAAAAAUACGUCUUCACUGGCGUAUGGUAUCCCCCUGCUCGAGGGUUCAAAACUACAAAUACCUUACUCUUUCUACUCUGAGUAUUACCACCCAAUCAUUCUUCAUUACACUUUGACUCAAAAUGAACUAGCCGGGAGACUUGAACUCAACAUCUGGCUAGAUCACACCGUUGAUGACGACAAAUACCGUGUGACAGCUUACGACUCAGUGGUGACGAUUGUUGAGCCUGAACCAUCCUGGCUAGAUCUUAAACUCCUUUCCACCUACCUCAUAGUUUUCGCCGCACUCGCGGGUGUGACAUAUACAGCAUACAAUGCAUAUGUUCCUUCGCAGAAGCCGAAACGCAAACGUCCAACCCAGGUCAGCGCGCCUAUUGGCCCAGUGACCGCGAGUGGCUCGAGUGGCUAUCAGGAGGAGUGGAUUCCUGAGCACCACCUCAAGAAGACAAAGGGAAAGAAGACAAAGCCCGACAACGUUGCGGUCAGUGAGGAAUCGAGCAGUGAGGCGAACGGCACAGAGGGGAAGAGGACGAGGAAGGGGAAGAAGUAA